AUGUACAGCUUCAUGGGUGGCGGCCUCUUCUGCGCCUGGGUGGGGACCAUCCUCCUGGUGGUGGCCACGGCGACAGACCACUGGAUGCAGUACCGGCUGUCGGGGGCCUUCGCCCACCAGGGCCUGUGGCGAUAUUGCCUGGGCAGCAAAUGCUACCUGCAGACGGAGAGCAUCGCAUACUGGAAUGCCACCCGGGCCUUCAUGAUCCUGUCCUCCCUGUGCGCCACCUCUGGCAUCAUCAUGGGCAUCAUGGCGUUCGCUCAGCAGCCCACUUUCACCCGCUUCUCCCGGCCCUUCUCUGCGGGCAUCGUGUUUUUCGCCUCCACAUUUUUCGUCCUGCUGGCCUUGGCCAUUUACACUGGAGUCACCGUCAGCUUCCUCGGUCGCCGCUUCGGGGAUUGGCGCUUUUCCUGGUCCUACAUCCUGGGCUGGGUAGCUCUGCUCAUGACCUUCUUUGCAGGAAUUUUCUACAUGUGUGCCUACCGGAUGAAUGAAUGUCGGCGCCUGUCCACUCCCCGCUGAACCCAAAUGUGUGCCCCGACUUCAUCUGGAUGUCAAAGUCAGGUCACUGAAGAGGAGGCGGUGGGUCUAGAGGCCUGAAAUCCUGGU